AUGUCGCGGCAGAAUCAGGCCCUGAUCAACGUCAAGGAAAGUGAAUACGUCUGCAUUUCAUGUGAUGAGCGUGAAUUUGACUCCGAACUACCGUUGCUCCAGCAUUGUCAAAACGCGCGCUGUCACAAAGGUGAAUGGUGCGACAGGUGCCAAUGGCUGUUUAUCUCUGCACAAUCCUGCGAACAAUCAAACCGUGACUCGCAAAAUUAUUGGGUCUGUUCGAAAUACGGCGUCGACGAAACUGAAGAAAGCAAUCUUCGCACUCACAUGGAAACGAAGCAUUCCUUCUGCUACGACUGUCAAGCAAGUUUUGCUGAUAUAUCGGAACAUCGCAUCCUGCGGCACAAUCGAUGCUCCAUAUAGAAGUGCUAUGGCUGCGAACGUAAAUUCAACAGCCCCUCCGGCAUCCUCAUCCACCUCGAGUCGAUGACCUGUGAUUCAGAGGUUGCCCGAGUCGAUAUUGAUCGAUGGGCUUUCAACUGCCACUAACGCUACCUAUACACCAACAGCUGGGACGAUGAGCUCAGAUACCGAUGUCCCAGCUGUGAUGAGAGCUUCCCAAAAGUCAGUGGAUUGCGUCAGCAUAUUGAGACCGCGGCAUGCGGUGCAGGUUAUGGUGGCAUUCUAGAGAAAUUGAGGAGGUACAUUAAGCAGCAGGUUCAAAAUGUG